AUGUUGUUGAAAGUGAUCUGUUUUCUAUUCUUUUUCUCAAGUGCUUUUGCUUCCUUCUCAGAAAAAUUCAAAAAUUGCCCAGCCGGUACUUUCUUUGUUGAAAAUUAUAUCAAAUAUGAAUGUAUUCAACGUGAAGAUUCAACAGAAGUUAGACCAAUUGGUUUGUUUUUUUUUGUUGCGCAUAUUUUCAUGAUUAAUAUAUUUGAGGUUGUUCCCCAACUAAUGAUAUCACUGGAGAUUUGAUUGAACAUUUCCAAACUCAUAAAGAUCUUCUCUUUGUUUACCAAUGUCGCAUUAAUGGACUCGAAGCCACCUACACUGCAGUUGGUAAAUAAUUCAAAAAUUUCUGUUUUAUGAAAAAACAACGAAAAGUUCAGAUUGUCGUGAUCCAACUGGUGCAUUGCUUCCAAUCAACAAAAUGAGAACAUUCCCAGAUGGUGAUAAUUAUCGUUGUUUUUCGGAAAAUGGAAAACUCAAAAUCGAUCAUAAAUCAAGUACGCAACAUAUGAUUUACCAUUCUAACACUUCAAUUAGAAAACAUUAAACAAAUCAAUAAAUUGUAUUUCUCAUCAACUUGUUGUUAAUGAAUUUAAUUUUAGAUAAGGGAUGCACGUUGAAUGGAAAAGUGUACGGAAAAAAUGAUCAAUUCCAAAUCACAAAAGAUGAAAUAAUUGAGGUUAAUACAUUUUCUCAUGGGAAACUUUGAAAAAAAAAACGUUUGAAAACUUUCAGAAAUCGGGUAGUGAAGUAGUAGUCGGAAGAGGUUCUGCUUAUUCAUGUCAACAAUUACAAAAUGGAACAUUUAGUAUCGAAAUGAAAGGAUGUUGGACUUCGGCUAAUGUAUUCAUCAAUUUUGGAGAUUAUGGAAGUGUUAACGAUAUAUAUGUGAAAUGUGAGGCGUCAGAAAAUGAAUGUACAUUGAAAGAAGUUGUCAAACGAGGUUUAGCGCUUUUUUUGUUAUUGUUUCGAGAUUUAAGUUAUUUCAGAAGUCAGAUGUUCCUUUAAUGGCAAAGAAUAUAGAAAUGAGCAGGAAUGGUUGUCACAAGAUGGAAAAACUCAAUUUGCUUGUUUGAACGGGAAUAUUAUAACUAAAGGAUGCUAUGUGGACGGAACAUUGAUUCCUAUUGGAACAUUGAAAUAUGUUGAUGAAGAGGUAUAUUCUUGUUAUUCUAAUACACAACUGAUUUCAUUCGGUGACAUAAGUGAGUAUACCUUUUUAACAUUCUAAUAAACGAACAUCAAAUGACUAAUUUUUGCAGGAGGAUGUCCUAGAUCAGACGGAAGAAUCACACCAUUUGAAAAGGGAUUGCGCGAUGAAGAUGGUUCCAAAGUCUGUACUUAUAAAUUUGGUCAAAAUGGCAAAGUCGAAUAUGUUUGGCGUCUUGUUGCUUGCAUUCAUGCUAAUCAAGAUGUUGUCAUUGAUUCAAUUGAGGAAAUUAACGGAACUGUUAUAACUUGUAAACAAAACGACAAAGGCGGAUAUUCAAUCAAGUUUCUGACAAGUUUCGAAAUACAAGAAUGGAAAGAGAAAACCGGGCAAAAUUCACAUGUUAUGACUGGUAUUGAAGCUGGUGGUAGAGGUUUCAAAAGAGAGAUCACGACAACAGCGGCGCCAACAACUACAACUGAAGCGCCAACAACCACAGAAAUACCAACCACACCUUCUACUGAACCUCCAAGCACAACCACUGAACUUCCAUCUACUACAAGUACCACUGAAUUGCCUACCACAACUACAACUAAAUUUCUAACAACCACAACAGAACUGCCAGCAACAACAUCACCAAUUCCAAUUCCAAUCACAAAAUGCAAAGAUUUUCAUAAAGAUUGUCGAAAACUUGCUGGAUAUUGUCAAUCGGAAAAAGAAGCAUUGGAGGAGCUCAAAGAAGCUGUCAAGAAAUCAAACAUUCAUUAUAGUCGACGAUUCAAAGCAUUAGAGUAUUUAGAUCUUGUGACGUAAGUCGAGUAUAAAAUGUAAUUAUCAAGAAAACAUUUCAGGAGCACCAAUAACUUUGAAGAGCAUCCGGAUAAACCAGAGGGUGACUGUGGUCAUCGUGGCCCAAAACCACCAUGUCCAUGUCGCGAGCAAAAAUCUUUCAACACCCAACUUGUUCAAUCGUUGUGUCCCAGAACUUGUCACUUUUGCACCAAACCUGGUAAGUUUUCUUCUGUUAUUUUUUUUCAAUUGUCAUUUGCAGUCAUUCCAAUUGCUGAUAUUCUCACAACAACAACUCUGCAAAAGUGUCAUAGAAAAGAAUGUAAACGUCAUUGA